GUACGCGGGCGGUGAUGAGUGACUUUAGCAGCAUCUAUGAGAAGCAGUACUCUGUGGCCCUGUUCAACAGUGUGAGGGCCGAGAUCGAAGGGACCGGAGGGACCCAGGCCCAACUACUGCACAGGAAGGACCCUCUGGCGGGGAAGACCAUCUUCUCGGGGAGCCUGCUGCAGUAUCUGGAGGAGAACAGGAAGUGGAGGACCAGAUAUGUGUCCAUCCCAAACUCCUACACCAUCGACUUCUAUGAGAGCAAAACAGUCUGUGAUCACGGACUGCAGCCCAAAGUCAGCAUCAACUGUGCGGGCUACAAAGUGCUGACCUCACUGGAGGAAUAUCUGGAGCUCAUGGACAAGAGUCUCCCAGGGGUGAAGGCCAAAGCCAGCAACUCUCCCUUCAUAAAGACUGUGACCCAGUACACCCUGAUCCUGUGGCACCCGUACGCCCGUCACCACUACUUCUGUGUACUCACCGACAAGGAGCACAGCAAGUGGAGCGCCGUGCUGCAGGACUGUGUGCGCCACGCCAACAACGGUCUGCCUGAGGAGAGCACAGUCCUGACUCCAGCCUUCACCAACAGUGUACGGCUCUAUCGUCAGGCCAAAGGGCACUACGGCAGCUGGGACCAGAUGUGUGGCACGCCCCCCCAGAUCCUGGCUAACCUGGUGAUGGAGGAUCUGCACCCGGACCUGAGGAGUGUGAUCGGGCCGAAGCUCAAGGGUAAACUGCAGCAGAGGCUCCGCAGCUGGAUGCUGAUCUCCGGAGCAGUGUACAGGCAGGUGCUGAACCAGACCACAGCCCAGUACGAGUCUCUGUCUCAGGACUGUGAGGCGCAGCGAGGGCCCCUGGACGCGGCUCUCAGGACCGACAUGGACCAGAUCAUCACCUCCAAGGAACACGUGUCCAGCAAAAUCAGAGCUCUGGUCCUUCCGAAGGCGGAGCAGGUGUUGCGGAGCAGUGUGCAGCCGUAUGUGAGCUCCAUCCUGGAAGCUCUGAUGGUGCCCACGUCUCGGGGCUUCUCUGAGGUCAGGGAGGUGUUCUGCAGAGAGCUGGUGGAGCUCAGCAAGAACUCUGUGCAGCAGGACAAGGACAAACUGGGAGAGCAGAUGGAGCGUCUGUCCAUGCUGGCCUUCCACCCGGUCAAGAUGCGCUCGUGUUAUGAUGAGCUGGAGCGUAUGGAGCUGGAGGGGCUGCAGCACAGGUUCAGCGUGAGCGGGCCCACAGUGUUCAGAUCCAGGGCACAGAUCCUGCUCCGAGGGCAAAUGGACAACUCGGUGUACACGUUUGAGCAGCUGUUGAACCAGUCUCUGCAGGCUCCAGGAGACGGCGACCUGUGCAAGAGCAUCCAGAAGUGUCAGGAACGUGUGCUCAAGAAGUUUGACUACGACAGCAGUACGGUGAGGAAGAAGUUCUUCAGAGAGGCUCUUCUUCAGAUCAUCGUGCCCUACAUGCUGCAGCAGCUGGCGCCUUCCUGUGCACCAGAGCUGCCUCGCUUCCAGGAGCUCAUCUUUGAGGACUUCUCCAGGUUCCUGUUGGUGGAGAACCUGUACGAGGAGGUGGUCAUUCAGUCUGUGUCCAAAGACAUCAUGUCAGCUGUGAAAGAAGCAGCCGUCCAGAGGAAACACAACCUGUACAGAGACAGCAUCGUCCUGACCAACAGCGACCCCAACCUGGACCUGCUGGGACAAGAUGACACUGUGGACUGGAGAUCAAAGUUUUUGGUUCAGGAACAAGAGGAACCUUCACCUUCUGAAUCAGCUGACUCUCCCGCCACAGCCCCCCAGCUCCGGAGCGCAGGCCGAGGGUCCAAUUCAGGCAACAAUCGCCGUCAAGUGGUGUCCAUGAUCCAGCUGGAGGGGGUCCCACUGCCGUACGAGUCCUGCCUGGAGGUGCCCGGUGUGGACCUCAUCCCGGAAGAGGACGACAGCUUAUCCAGCCUGGAGGAGGAGAUCAAGUCCCCGGACAGCGUCAACCAGAUCCGGGACCUGAUCAACCCGGUGGUGCAGGUGGUUCGGCCCGUGUCCGACGGGGAGGAGGUGACCAGCGGGACGGAGUCUAAGACGGGGCUGGUGGUUAUGGAGGACGGCAUAAAAGAAGAGGUGACUCAUGUGACCACAAUGCUCGAAAAAGUCCCACGGAGUUCCAUCAAAAUCCGAAACAACGGAGAAAUUGAAGAGCAAAAACAGGCGUCGCCGAUCAGCAAAACGUUCCCAAAGAUCGAGGAGAAGUUAAAUCUCGAAAACGUAGACACAACUCCGCAAAUUGAAAACUUUAUUGAAUCUAAAACUGAAAGCAAAAUUGAAAGCGAAAGUGAAAGCGAAAGUAAAAAGUCGCCACACAGUUUGCUGCAGAGGCUCAUGGGAAGUAAAAGACAGGAGGAGGAGGCGGCGAUCAAAAGCGCGAUCCACGAGCUGGAGAUAGCCGUCCAGGAUGAGGAAGACAGUGACUCAGAUCUAGCCCCGGCCCAGCCCCUGAGGCUCCAGGCUUCGGACUACAGCUCCCACGAUGACAGCGGCUUCCAGUCACCGACCAAUGAGAGGCCAGAGAGCUCGGGUCCCCGGCCGGUCGUGAACGGACAGGUGGAGCUGGCGGAUGUGGAGGUGGUUCUGAUGUAGACAGUGGGAGGUUAAAGGAGACGUUAUCGUGCUGGUUCUUUUUUUAAUGUUUUUGGACACGGUUGGAUCUAGUAUGUCACGUUUUAUAGCUUUAAAUGAUGUAUGUGUGAAAAGGCCUGUGUGAGAGCGUGCUGUAAUGACUGACGGGUUUGAUGCUUGGACGACUCUCUGCACCUUCUGGACACCGGAGAACAGAGGAAUGGUGCAGACUUGAGCUGAAUCAGCAGGAAAAAAAAGGAAAGCACUAAAAGCACUGGUGCUUGUGAUGAUGCAGAGAAAACUGAGUGAUGUUCUCUGCAUUUAACUGGAACAGAUUCGUCCACAAGCCUGAGAGCUAUUGCAAGGAUGGAUGGACCAGAUGAGAGAGGCGGAGGUGAUUUUUAUUAAAUACAAUAUAAUUACCGUAUUUUUCAGACUAUAAGUUGCUCCGGAGUAUAAGUCACACCAGCCAAAAAAUGCGUAAUGAAGAAGAAAAAAAAAAUCAGAGACCAAGAACCGACAUUUCCUGUAGAAAGUCAAGUUGUAGUAAUAACAAUAGAAGAGAGAACAACAGACUGUUAACGUCACAUAUGAACAGUUCUUCAGAUAAACUAUAACAUAAACAACAGAACAGAACAAGUUUACCAAACUCUCCAUCUCACUCCAAAUCACUAAAUCCAUUCAGUUCUUCAUCCUCGGUGUCACUUCUGAACAACUCCUCGACCUCUGGAGGUAAACAGAGCGCCGCUUCCUCUUCGGUUUAGCUGUUGUCAGACUCAGCAUCAGUUCCAGUUAGAAUUAUUCGGGUCUUUCUGAAUCUCGACAGGAUGGUUUCGGUGUCACUGAAGUCCAGACUUUGUCCAUCCAUCCAGUGACUUCAGGAAAGUUUCAUGGUGCACCCGCCUUGUUACCGUGAAGCUGUGUUCUUCAUCCCCGCUUUGCACCAGUCCUUCACAAGUUUCUUGCUUAGUCCAGACUUUCUUUCUGCUGCUCGAUUAUUGUUUUCGGCUGCAGAUUUCACGACUUGCAGCAGGACAGAGGCUCUUUCUGCAGGAGACAUGUGCAGUAGAGUGAAUUGACAGUGGUACAGGAGGAACAGGAGCAGCAGAUACUCACACACAAGACGAGAGCCUCUUGUGCCUGUCAGUGUGAACAUUUUAAUAUAUAAGUUGUACCUGAAUAUAAGUCACAGAAACACCCAAACCAUGAAAAAAGUGCCACUUAUAAUCUGAAAAAAAACCUGUUCAGUUUUAUGAUGUGAUGUUUUCUAAAAAAAUGAAUUGGUCAAAGUACUGAAUAUUUGAUAGGGAUGCACCAAUACUGAUACUGGUGUUAAAUAUCGGCCCUAAAACUGAAAAAUUAGUAGGAUUGUGUAUCAGCUCCAUUAUUUUGGUUCGGGCAAUAUCCUGUUUGGACCUUUAAUUGGAUUUAAUGAGACUAUUUACUGGCAGAUUUUGUCCUGGAACGUCUCAAUGUUUGACCUUUAUUCACAGAAAGCGGGCCAGUACUCAUUUGAAGAAUAAAUAACAGCUGGAUAACACAGUUGGAUCUCUUGUGUAUAAAUUGUGUAAUAAAGUAACUGUUUUUUAAGGAAAUAAAAGCCAUUUUCCAUCUGUACACUGGUAUUGGUUACGUGAAAGUAUCAAUAUGAAUAAGGGAAGUGAAAACGCUGGAUCAGUGAAUCUCUAUAAUGUUUGUUUCCACAUGACAAAGAAGGAAAGUUUGAGUUUUACAGCUGCAGAUCCUGGACCAGAGUAAAGUACAAAGGACAUGAGAGUGUGACUUUAUGUAUGUGCUUAUGUAAUAUCUGAGCCUGACCAGCAGGGGGCCUCAUUGGUUUGGUGGAAUCUGUUCAACCGUCCAAAACUAUUACGCUUAUGAAGCUCUUCUUCUGUAAUAUGAUCUUCUGUUUGCAACCAUGUAAUCAUAUGAGCUGCAUAUAGAGGUGAGGAGACAGGAAAAGCUCAUUAUCUGUUACUGAUAUUUGUUCUUUAUAAUAUUAUCUGUGUUUCUAUUUAAGAUGUUUAUUUAAUUUGAAAGUGAGUUUUUUGUGUUGUCUUGACUUUCAUAAGGUAUACAACUAGAUACUGAAUCUAUCUGUUGAAUAGGUAUUGCAUUGUACUGUAUGUCUUGCUUAGGGUGUUCUCAUUAGUCAUAUUCAUUAUGAAGAAGUGAACUGGAUUUUCCUGUUCAAGCCUGUGUUCAUAUGCAAAAUUGUUAUUCAUUAAUGCUACAGUGCUAAAAACGUAACAUGCAAUUUAAAUAAAUGGUUAAAAAAAUCUGAA